CAUUUGGUAGAGCAUGGGAAUCUUGAUCUCAGGAUCUCAGCCUCGUGAGUUCAAGCCCCGUGUUGGGAGUGGAGUCUACUUAAAAUAAAACUUAAAGAAAAGAGAAAGACUCCUUGGCACAUAAUAGCUACUCAUCGAAAUUGGCUUACUUUUACUGUCUCAAGUUCAAGGGCUCAAGGGGACUACAUGGCUUCAGGAAAGGGAGCCCAGCAUCCCCUAAGUGUCCAUUCCCUCAGACCUGGGUAAGGGCCGGAAGGGCUGAGCUCUGUCUGCUUCCGGUGGAACUCUGGUGCCCUCAUGUGCUCCCUGGGGGUACAGCAGGCUGCCCUCUACUUCCCUCUCCCUGCACCUUUCCCCCUGCUUGGGCCCAUGCUCCCGGCUCCAUGGAAUGUGUGUCUGACUGCCCAUCUAUCCAUCACUUGUUCCCCCUGGCCCAGGUCUCCACCAAGACUUAACAUCCACUGUGGAACAUAUCCUGAUGUGCUAUAGAGCUCUGCCUGGUUUCCUCAUCCUACAGCAGACAUCCCUCCACUGCCCCCCACGAUGAGGUCCUCCAAGAUUGGGUGGGAGAGGAGGAAAGGACAGCCUCUGGGUAGAGCUCAGUCCUCACAUGGCCUCACCCUAGUCCCCCUGCUCCCUCCCCGCAGUCUCAGAGCUGGUCUCCCUGCCUCUCCCAGGGCAGCCAGGGCAAUUGUUAAAAAGCCUCUGUCCCAAACCCUCCAAACCUCCUCACCUUAUGGGGCUCCAACCCCAUGUGAGGCUGUGUUGCUUUGCCCCUGUAGACAGAUAAGCCCACACACGUGUGCCACCCAAGCCUUGACAUGGCACUGGGCCAACUAGGUGUCCACACGGAAACAAAAAAGUGUGGCAGGACCUCCCAUCAAUACCAGGUGGGUUGCAGAUACAAUUUGAAAGCUAAAACGGCAAAGCUUUAACAAAAUAUACAAGGACACCUUUAUGAAAUCUUUAUGACUUUGGGGCAGGCAAAGGUUCUUUAAAAGAACAGAAAUGGUGAUACCAUAAAGGAAGCUGUUGAUCACUUGCACCAUAUUAAAAUUUAAAACCGUUUACCAAAAGGCACUGUUAAGAGAGUGAGAAUGUGAGACUGAGGGAAGGUAUUGAUAAUACAGACAGCGGUGAGGAGUUCUCAUCCAGAGUGCACAAGCCCUACAAACCAGUGAGGAGAAGGCAUAUGAAGGUGGCACAGGCACCGGGAAGACACACCCUCGAGGGAAUAGAGAGGCCAGGGGCCAAAGGGAAUGUGGAUUAAAUGACCACGGAGCCACCAGAGCGCCGAGUGGCAGAGACGGCGGUCCGUGAGGAUGCGCAGCACAGAGACGACCCGCGCGUGUCCUGCAGUCGGCGCAGAUGCACAGCCACUCGGGAAACCGUCGGGCAGUGUUUUCUGAAACUGAGCAAGCUCGCCCCCCGACCCGACCCUCUGGCCUCUCCGGGGCCAAGUACACAGGUUUUCCGAGAGAAACGUUCGGGCAUGUUUGCGACUGUGAAGUGGAAACAACCCAAAUCUCCUUCCACAGAAACAUGAUGCAGAGACGAGGCCACUGUUGGUGGUGAAACUGACCAGCACAGCCCCCGAGGUGCCUGACUCCGAAUCACGUUGAGGCUCCGAGGAGGCAGACGUGAGAUUGUAGAAAAUACACAUAUUCGUUUCUGCUCCCAGUUCCUGGCCCAGAGCUACUGAAACCCUUGUGAAUUCCUAAGCGAUAAGAGCACCAGGACCACCUUUUGUUCUAAUGAGCUGACUCCGGGUGGGCUCUGGGAUAGAGAUACUCACCAGAAGGACCAGCCAUGAUUAGAAGCUUGGAAAUUUCAGCCCCAGCAACACCCCCUCUUCCAGAGAGAGAGGGGCUGGAAUUGGAUUUAAUGACCCAUCAUGCCUAUGUGAGGAAGCCUCCAUAAAAUCCCGAUCGUAUGGGGUUCACAGAGUUUCCAUGUUGCUGAACAUGUGCAGGUGUGGGGGGAGUGGCACCCAGGCCAUAAUUCACCCCGCACAUCUCUUCCAUCCGGCUGUUCACCUGUACCCUUUAUCAUACCCUCGUACGGUAAACCGGUAAAUGUAAGUAAAUGUUUCCCUGCCUUCCGUGAGCUGCUCUAGUAAGUUAAUCAAAUCCAAGGGGGAAGGGUCAUGGGAAACUGGUUUGUAGCCAACAAGUUGUGGGUGACCUGGGGACCCACUACCUGUGACUAAACUCGGAAGGGGGGCGGGCAGUCUUGUGGGACUGAGCCCUUCACCUGGGGAUCUCAUGCUGUCUCCAGGUAGAUGGUGUCAGAAUUGAGUUAAACCGUAGGACACCCAGCUGGUGUCAGAAACAGAAGUGAAGUGUGUUGUGUGGGUAGCACAGGAGACUCACAGGAGAACAGUGUGAGUAGGAAACUAGUUUUUCUUUUUGCACAGACGCGGAAAGGUUCUUAGGGCACAACUCCACUUAUGUAAAGUUCACUAUGGGCCAGGCUGGCCUGCACGAGGUGGCCGGGUGGCACACACCGACAGGCAGGGUCCUUUCCUACACAGUUCGUGCCCUUCCUGCACAUGUCAUACAUUGGCUGGCUUACUGGGAAUCGAAGCGCCCCGGCCUUGCUCCCCCUGUGUGAAGCUGCCUCUCCACCAUCACCCUUAUGGCCUUGGCCCUCUCUGUCUCCCACCCACCGUGUCCUGUCCCUCAGGCUCUCAAAGGCCUUUUAGUCCAAGGCCCUCUCCUCAGAGAAGUCUCCAGCCCCUCCAGGGCACCCCUUCUCUCCACAAUACUUCCUUCUUCCAUUGUGUUGCUGUCAGAGAUGAUCUCAUCUACCUGUCUGUUUAGAUGUUUGCUGUCUGGCUCCCUUACUCCCCCUUCACAUCCCUUAUAGCCUGGAAGCCACAAGUGUGUGUUACAAUGACCUGUGUGGGAUGGGCACUAUCAGCCCCGAGAUCAGGAUGGCCUGGAGCGCAGCUAAGGGCACUGGGUCCUAGCUCUGCCGUUUGCUAGCUGUGUGGUCAGGCAGGAGUCGCUCACCCUCUCUGUGCCUCACCAGGCUCAACUCUGAAAACAGGGUCUUCUUUGUGCCCCCUCCCAGGAUGGAUAAGUUUUGGAAAGAGUGCUCAGGGAGGCCUGGCAGAGGAGGCGCACUCUGGAGGCCCAUCUCUGAGGCACUGUUACCCCUGCCUGCCUACUCUUGGUGACUGGUUGCGCUGGGGGUGGCAGCACCAGGCCCCCUUUCUUGAAGGAACAGACUCUGUUUUGCCUCCUCCUUCUUGCGCCCACCACCGGCGUCUAGGUCAGGAGAGAUGCUGGUGCAGAGUAAUGCACUUUCCUCCCCUGAACCCUCCCAACCCUCUCUAGAGGCCAAAGCCCAUUCCCCUUCGGCAUGCUGGCUACCAAGAGCCCUCAGUGGCCCCACUUGUCCCUUUGCCCCCACCAGCAGGUGCAACAGUGCUGCCUGGGAAGGGGCCAGUAACCCUCUGGAGGCCGGAGGAGAGAGGUGCACGCCUCGCUCCACUAUUCCACACCCAGUCAUCAGCGGCCCACCUCCAAAGGAUCUCUAGGAACAUUCUGGAAAGGUCAUUUCCCCUUUAUCAUCACUCAGUAACCCUCUCUAUUCCACACAGACGACAGGGCAAGGCCCUAAGACCCAGACAGGCCUGGGCUGGUGGGAGGUGGGGGUGGCGCUGCUGGCAGGGGCGAGGGUUCACAGCAGGUGAGGCCACUUUAAGAGGAAAAGUCAGCCCGGGCCAAGAGUGCAGUGUGGCCUUCAGCUUGGGAAAGAGGAGGCCCGUGCAGAACUGAUUGCAGGUUCGCAUUCUCUGGCCAGCAUCUGACCUGCCCAGGAAGGUGUCCCUCACGUAGCUGGAGGGCCCUCAAAUGCCAUCUAUUUGUGGCCUGGACCUUGACGGCUGGCAGGAGACAUGUGACCACAGGGAUGGGGUAUUUUUGGCAGUGGGGGUGGGGCCUGUGUGGUGAGCCCAGCACCAUGCCGCUCUGGGACAGGCAGCUCGGACGCCCAGCUCCACUGCCCUGGCUGGCCACAGGGUCCCAGGACAUAGAUGGAGUGCCGGCCCCCGAGCCGAGGAGGUGGGGGGCACCCCGGGGACUGGGCAGGGUGGUGGCAGCGCAUGCUGGCCUGUGUCCGGGGCCUGGGUCCGUGAAGAUCCCACCUAGCCUCAGGCUGUGCUGCUCAAGCGCCUCUGCUGACCUGAAAUGGAAAACUUCCAGUACAGCAUCCAGCUGAGUGACCAGGACUGGGCCGAGUUUGCAGCCACGACUGAAGAGUGUGGCCUCCCGCAGGCCAGCCUGGCCUCUGCGGAUGAGCUCUUGUCCAGUGACAUUGACCAAGGGGACAGCAGUGGCCACAGUCCCCCUGGGCCUCCACCCCUCCUCGAGGGGCAGCCGGCUGCUGGGGGGAGGGGCUGGCCUGGUUUCAAGAAGGAGGACAAGGCCGCCACCCGGCCACUGGUCAGCAGGUCUUGGCGUGAGCCUGUCUUGGCCCUGGGGGCUGAUCAGCAGAUGCCCGGCACGUCCGCACAGUCAGAAGCUUUGCCGUCCCUCGCAUCUGACGCCGCCCCUCUAGGUCACAGCUCGUCGCUCCCAGGGCCAGCGUCUUCCAGAGACGAGAUGCAGAGACUUCUGCAGGGGCCAGCCCCCCAGGACCCUGAUCCUAGUCCCCCUGGUGAGUCUCCUCAGAGCCCCGAGUCUCCCGGCUGCACCACUGCUCCCCAGAGGCCCCCCGGCACUCCUGGAGCCGCGCCACGCAGCCCUGGCCGAAAGAAGAGGCACGCGGCCGGAGCCAAGGGGGGCCGGUGCUCGAAUACUCCGGGCUCUGCUCCCACCCACCUGGGCUCCCUGCUGCCUGCUGAGGCCGGGCCCAAGGAGGACCUUGGUCUGGCUGGGUCCAGGGGGAAGGGUCUCUCGGCUGGAACAGCAGAGCAGACACCAGGAACCAGGCAGAAUGGACUGAGUCCAGAGUCUGCAGGAGCGCCUGCGCAGAUGACCAAGCGAGGAACAGAUUUGGGUCUGUCUACACCAGUCCCUACGACUGAGCAAGGUACAGACCCACUCAGAAUGACCCCCAGAGCCGAGCCACACACCGCGUCCACACCUGCCCAGGAGACUCAUCCAGAUAUCUCCGAAGCUAAGUCAGAUGUGGCUCCGUCUACACUCGCCUCCAAGCUUCAACCUGACAUGGCUCUGUCUACACCUGCCCCCAAGUCUAGACUGGACAUGGACCUACCUGUGGUGGGCCCAGUGGUUAAGCCAGAGGUGGACUCAUCUACACUUGCUCUGCCUCACCUUGUUUCCAAGACCCGAUCCGAUGCAGGUGUGUCUACACCUGCUCCCUUUCCCCGGGCUGGGCCUGACUUGGUGGAGGUGGAGGCUGCCCCGAUGGCCAGGCUGUGUUUGAGCUCUGUUGUGUCUCCAGAAGGACACCAAGAGAAACCCAGAGGGGAGCCUUCAGCAGGUGCCCCUGGACAUCACUCGGGGGAGCCCCCCCUACCAGGCUCUGUUCAAGCACCCAAGAAGAAGAGAGUGCGAUUUUCCAUGGCCGUGCCCAGCCCCAAGGAGCCAGGUUUGGGAGAAACCUCAGGCCCACCCUCACCAGCCACAGCCCGGCCCGCGCCUCCCAGGACAGCAGCCGGGGGCCGAGACAGGCCUGGAGGCUGGGAUGCUGUGGCAGUCGGGCCCCGGUCCCCCCAGCCUCGGAUCCUCAAACACCUGCCUUCCCCUCCCCCCUCUGCCUCUGUGGGGUCUAGGCCCAGGAGCAGCUUUGCAGUGACCCUCCCAGAGGCCUACGAGUUCUUUUUUUGUGACACUAUUGAGGAGGAGGAUAAAGAUGCUGUGGAGGCGGCAGAAGCUGACCAGGCGCUGGCCGGAGUACAGUGGCCGGACACAUGCGAGUUCUUCUUCCAGGACCGCCAAGCCCAGAGGUCAGGGCACUGGGGGGGCCACUCCGUGGCCCGCCCCCCACAAGCUGAGCCUGUGCCAGCCUGUCCGCCUGGAGACCCCGUGCCCAUCUCCAUCCCCGAGGCCUAUGAACACUUCCUUGGGGAGGACGUGUCGGGGGGCGUGCUAGAGCUGGCUGCCCUUCUCCAGCUGCAGGCCACAGAGCCCCCCGGGUCGGUCCCCUGGGGAGUGGGGUCUGGAACCUCACCAGAGCCUAGCCCAGUCACAGCAGAGCAGCUCAGCCUGGCAGUCAGGCAAGCAGGAGAGCCCCGGGAGCCUCUCACCUCGUUUACCUUCAGCCAGAAUGACAUGUGCCUGGUGUUCGUAGCCUUUGCCACCUGGGCUGUGAGAACAUCAGAUCUGCACACCCCAGACGCCUGGAAAACAGUCUUGUUGGCCAAUAUCGGUACCAUCUCCGCCAUCCACUACUUCCGCCGGCACGUGGGGCAGGGGCGCCGCAGCCGCAGGCCCAGCCGCAGCCGCAGCCCCAGCCCCAGCUGGUAGGAUCCAGGCUUGGUCCAGGAAGACACAGGACAAAGAAGUGGCCCCAGGGGCUCGGGACGAGGUGCCGCCUCAGGUCUUGCCCUUUGAUCCCUGUGUCCUAUGGCAUCUAGGAAGGAGCCAGUGUCCUCGGUCCUGGCUCCCUUGGAUUCCACCCAAAGGUCUAGCCAGUGGCUGAGGCCAAGGCUGUGCUCCACACCUGGAAAGAGGGAGAUUCUGGAAGGCUGGGUGGGUAGGGCUGAGCAAGGAGCUGGUUAGGAAGGUGGCCAGAUUAGCAAAUAAAAACAUAGGGUGUCCGGUGAAACUUGCAUUCCAGACAUGCAGUAUUGGAGAUUGUACUAAAUUACGCGUGGCUUAUCUGAAAUCAAAUUUAACGGGGUGUCCUAUGUUUCAUUUGGUGAGCUGGGGUGAGAAGCAGGACAAAGUGUUGGAAACUAGAAGGUGUCAGUGCAGCAGCAAGGCUGCAGCUGGAGAUCCAGGCAGGGGGCAAGGGCGAGGAGACUGGAUGGCCUUCAGGUGGAGCCCCCUCCAGAUCGUCCCAGAGACUAUCUGCCCUGUUUACAAGUGGACUGGGGUAGUGAAAACCUCUGAGGCCUCUUUGACCCCUGAACCCCAGGGGCAUGUGGCCAAGGCCUUCUGGGCUCCUGAGACCAUGAGCAGGAACCCACAGGGGCUUAUAGGAGGGCGGCCCUAGCAGGGUGAGGGUCUGUAGGGCAGAGGCUGGAGCCCCUCCUGUGGGGAACCCUGGACGAGGUACAGGGGCAGAAUAUGGUGGUGUCAGGUAAAGGGACUGAACAUUUGGGGUUGUCCCGGGGCUUUGAGGAGCCAGAGAUGGGGCAGGAACGCGGGUGGGAGGCUGGUGGCGGCAGAGCAACGGAGGCUACCAAGCUGGGUGCCGGGUCGGCGUGUGCACAGGGUCCCCAGGACAGGGGACUCCUGGCUGCUGAGUGGAAAACGCGGGGACACGCAGCACAAAUAAAAUCUUUAUCUUUCUUGUUUA